AUGGUGGAUCGCCCCGUCCAGAUGAGCUUCUUUCCCUCCUGGGACCGGCCUCUUCAUGCAGACGAGUACCAGUCCUUGGAAUUCUUCCAUCUGCAGACCUCAUCAUGUUUCGGUGCCAAAGCAGGAGCAUUCUUGCUUCGCUCGGCUUACCAUGAUCCCAGCAUUCGAGUCGCGGCUAUGGCUCUAGGAUCGCUACAUCGCGAGUUUCUAUUUGAGCGGACUCGGUACCCCGAUGUGCGCAUGCAAGGAACCCAGCUAGCCCUGCGUCAGUACAACACCGCGAUUCGACAGGGUUUAGCACAGAUGUCUAAGGGCGUGGAAAACGGGUCUGUUGAUGUAGUUUUGACCAUGUGCAUUUUGUUCUACUGCUUUGAGAGUCUACAAGGGCAUUUUAGAGUAGCCCUGCGGCAUGUCACGUCAGGGUUGCGCAUCAUGAAACAACAGGAAGUCCAAUGUCAGACAUUGCAAAAGAAGACCAAUCUCCCCGCGGACGCCAUUCGGUCGCUGUUUGCCUAUCUGGAAAGCCAAAUGCUCGAGUUAGACGACGAAUUCAACGCGUCUGAAAAACUGCAUCCCUCCGCACUCAAGCCUUCGGGCCUACCCCCUAUCGACUCUUCUCACGGAGCCUACACCCUGGAGGAGCUUGACGAGAACUUCCGCCUCGUUUACAACCGACUCCUCCGAUUACUUACGAAAUCAACGCCGGCAGCCCAUGCGGACAUCGUCAAAGACGGUGAACUAACCGAAAUUCCCGAAGUAGUCAUAGCUGAUUACGCUGAAGCCCGAACCGAGAUGUACGCCUGGUCCGCGGCGCUGAGCGAAUACCUCGAGUGCCACCCAAUCGAGGCCAUGGAUUCAGCCAGCCGGCAAUUUGCCAACAAACACAAGAUGUGGAACGCAAUGGUACACAUCGUGUUGCAAAUGGAGCUGCCGUUGGUGGAAACGGGCUGGGACCGAUUCACGCCGGAGCUGGCAGCGGUAGUGGAUCUGGCCGAAGAAGUCAUGAACAUCCUCUUAGAGAUGCCAGAGAUGCGCAAGAGAAGCCCAUCGCCAACUGCUGCAGCAAGCGUUGCAUCCUCCUCGCCACCGCCGGGGUCGACUCUUCCUUCCUACCAACAUAUACUCCAUACACAGGACCUUCCCUCUCCCUGCACAUUCUCCAUGUCACAGGGCAUACUACCGCCGCUAUGGAUCGUGGCCACGGCCUGUCGCGACUCAAGAACCCGAUACCGCGCUAUUGACUUGAUGAGGCGGAGCCAACGUCGCGAAGGUCUCUGGGACUCGUUCCUAUUUGCCGAGCUGGCCUCCAAAGUUGCCAGAAUCGAAGAACGUUCGGCAAUGAUUCCCGAGGGUGUGCCGUACGAGCCGGCGGAUCUGCCCGUUCGCGCGCGCAUCACGACUAUCGCCAAUACCUUUGGUGAUGGCAGACAGGUGCAGGUGAGAUACUUAGGCAAUAAUUAUGAGCUGCUGGAGGAGACCCUAACCGUUUGA